UCCGGGCCGGGGAGCGGGGCGGCGGAGCCGUGCCGAGGCGGAGCGGGGUCGCCGCGUCCCCCUGAAGGCUCUCGGAAACGGCGGGGAGCCGAGGCGAGGAGCUGUGUCUGCUCCUGCCGGGGGGCGCAGCCCGCGGUGGGGCGAGCUACCUGCUGCUGCGGCAGGUGCAGGGCGCGCCGCGGGACUGCCCUGCGGAGGGGCGCUCGCUGCCGGGGAGGCGCUUGGAAAAGUUGCCCCGGGGGCAGCUGCCGGCGGGAGAUGCCGUGCGACGAGAGCGGCUAAAAGUGCAUCUGCGCUGCGUGCUUUGCUUCUCUGAGAGAAAACGCGGUUAGAAAAGUGUUUUCUGUCCUUCGCUGGUUUCUGACGUUUCUCUAAAUCGCCGUUGGCUUGGAAGGAACGCUGAUUAUUGUGCUGACGAGAGUUGAAGCCAGAUUUGUAGCUGAUUGUUCACAUGUGUCCAGGGGGAGAUGAAGUACACUGGAUCCUGCAUAGUUUGGCUUUGUAUGGCAGUCUUCCUCCUCCUCCCUGUUUCUACUUGUGUGGCUGUCAGUGACCAGACAGGUGCUGUGUGUCCUUUAAUAAAAACAGCUGUUCAUCAUCUCAAACAAAUCAACAGAGACAGUCUUGGUUUGUCAGGGUUUGAUCUGGCAGAAAGCUUUUCUUUGAGACAGACGUCUUGUGGAGGGGAAAAAAUCUGCUUUAAACUGGGAAGUGCUCCUCUCAUCAGAGACACAAAGCAAGUAUUUCCAAAUGGGCUUCCUGAAGAAUACUCUCUAGUUGCUACGUUCCGUGUACGGCGAAAUACAAAGAAAGAGCGUUGGUAUAUAUGGCAAAUUUUAAAUCAGCAUGACACUCCUGAGAUCUCUGUCCUUCUGGAUGGUUCAAAAAAGGUCGUGGAGUAUAUGACCAAAUCCACUCAGGGAAAUAUACUGCACUACACUUUUAAGAGUCGAGAAAUUUAUCCAUUGUUCGAUCGGCAGUGGCAUAAACUUGGUAUUAGCGUGCAGUCGGGGAUCAUUUCCCUCUAUUUGGAUUGUAAUUUAAUUGAGAGAAAACAGACUGAUGAAAAAUUCACCAUUGACUUGCAGGGAAGGACUCUGAUUGCUUCUCGUGCUACAGAUGAUAAGCCUGUAGAUAUUGAACUUCACCGCAUAACAGUUUAUUGUAAUCCAAACGUUGUAACAGAAGAUACGUGUUGUGAAAUAUCUGCUGAGCUGUGCCCACAUGAAGACAGAUUACUUGCUACUACUUCAUCACCAGUGACUGGUCAUGCCAGCAAAAUGUACACAUUUCCAGGAACACAGCAAGAAUCUAGAGACAGAUGCCACUGCUUUCCAAAUAAAGGAGAAGCAGGAUUACCGGGAGUAGCUGGUUUGCCAGGCCAGAAAGGAAGUAAAGGUGAAAAGGGUGAGAUGGGUGCAAAAGGACAGGAUGGUGUUGUUGGUCUUCCUGGUGAAAAGGGGGAACCUGGCUUAGUGGGUGUUCCUGGCAUGCCUGGUCUUACUGGUUCCAAGGGUGAACGUGGCUUUGCAGGUAGUAAAGGUGAAGACGGAGAAAAGGGUGAAAAAGGAGAUAAAGGAGAACCAGGAGCAGAAGGCAUUCAUGGAAGAGAGGGACUCAAAGGUGACCCUGGUAGUCCUGGUUUGGCUGGUCCCAAAGGAGAAAAGGGAGAUGUGGGACCACCAGGACCAAUGGCCUUAAGUGGUUUGCCAGGGCUGGAGGGUCCCCAGGGUCCACCUGGCAAAGAAGGUCAAAGGGGAAGACGAGGCAAGCCAGGCCUCCCUGGAAAACCAGGACCACCGGGACCUCCUGGUCCUUCUGGACUAAAAGGAAUUCUGGAUUCAUUGAACAAGCAUUAUAAUGAGAGUGAUAUGAGACUACUAGGAUUACUUGGGACCCCUGGACCUAAAGGCCAGAAAGGAGAAAUUGGUCAAAAAGGAGAAGUGGGAAUGACUGGCGCAAAGGGAGAAAAGGGAGAGCCUUCUGAAAAAGGGGACAAGGGAGAUCCAGGAGAAACUGGAAUGGAGGGAUCAAAAGGAGAUAAGGGUGAAACAGGAGACCCUGGACCACCUGGUCUCACUGGAAAUCCAGGAUCAAUGGGACUGCAAGGACCUCCAGGACCUGUUGGGCCCAGGGGACUGCCAGGAGAAGUCGGCUUACCAGGAGAACAUGGGUUACCAGGAAAUCCAGGAGUUAAAGGAGAAAAGGGGGACUCUGGUGGGAUUAUGGGACCGCCUGGACAUCCAGGUCCAAAAGGUGAGGUGGGGCCUCCUGGACUAAGUCUGCCUGGAACACCAGGUCCUAUUGGUAGUCCUGGAAACCCAGGUCCACGGGGACCAAAGGGAGAAAGAGGACUACCUGGUGUACAAGGAGCCCCUGGGGAGAUGGGGCCUCCUGGAAUAGGCAUUCAGGGAUCACCAGGUCCUAUAGGGCCAACUGGAUCAGCAGGUGUUCAGGGCCCCAGGGGACCUCCAGGAUUACCAGGAACUCCAGGUACCCCAGGUAUUAAUGGCACCCCAGGAAGAGAUGGAAAGCCAGGACUACCGGGCCCUCCAGGCGAUCCUAUUGCACUGCCACUAGUGGGAGACAUGGGUGCUAUACUGAAGGGUGAUCCUGGCACAAGAGGUCCUCCAGGCAUCCCUGGUAGAGAGGGGCCAAAGGGAAGCAAAGGUGAACGUGGAUUUCCUGGGCUUGCUGGAGAGAAGGGCGAUGAGGGCCUUCAAGGUGUUCCUGGACUGCCUGGUGUACCAGGACCCAGUGGACCGUCUGGAGCCACAGGAAGACCUGGGCAUCCUGGUCCUGCUGGGUCAAAAGGCGAAAAGGGUAGUGAAGGUUCUCCUGGGAAGCCUGGACCACCUGGACCACCGGGUAUGCCUUACAAUGAAAGAAAUGGAAUGAGCAGCUUAUAUAAACUCCAGGGAGGUGUGAGUGUCGCAAGUUAUCCAGGUCCACCAGGACCUCCGGGUCCAAAAGGAGAUCCCGGCACAGUGGGAGACCCAGGACCAAUGGGAUUACCAGGACUGGAAGGACUCCCAGGGGAAAAGGGUGACCGUGGACCAGCUGGCACACCAGGAGUAGCAGGGAUACCGGGAAAGCCAGGGUCUCCAGGGUCCCCAGGGAUGCCAGGAGAACCUGGUGAAAGAGGACCCAUAGGAGAUAUAGGCUUCCCUGGGCCAGAAGGGCCACAAGGAAAACCAGGAAUCAAUGGAAAAGAUGGAUUGCCAGGUCCUCCGGGGGCUGUGGGGAGACCAGGAGACCGAGGGCCCAAAGGAGAACGUGGAGAUCAGGGUAUUCCAGGAGACAAAGGUCCACAAGGUGAAAGAGGGAAACCUGGCCCAUCAGGAGAAAAGGGGGCCAUGGGUCCUACUGGGCCACCAGGGGACAGAGGCCAUCCAGGAUCACCAGGUCAUCAAGGUCCCCCAGGUUCACCAGGCCCCCCAGGUUUACUGGCUGAUACGGUUUCACUUGAAGAAAUAAAAAAAUAUAUCAAACAAGAAGUUCUUAAGGUUUUUGAAGAAAGGAUGGCUCAGUUUGUAUCCCAGUUGAAGCUGCCUGCUGCAAUGCUUGCCUCCCAAGCUCAUGGAAAACCAGGACCCCCAGGAAAAGAUGGAUUGCCAGGGCCCCCAGGAAAGGAUGGUUUACCAGGGCCACCUGGAGAACGUGGGCUUCAAGGUUAUAGAGGACAGAAAGGGGAAAGAGGUGAGCCUGGAAUUGGACUGCCUGGUAAUCCUGGACCACCUGGCCCUGCAGCUGCUGGCCUGCCGGGCUCACCAGGAACUCCAGGGUCACCCGGACCGCAGGGGCCACCUGGACCUAAUGGAAGAUGCAAUCCAGCAGACUGCUAUUACCAUGUAGCACAGACUCGGUCACGCACCAGUGGGAAAUAAAAACCCUCUCCCAUAGACACUUGGGUUCACAAUCACUUUUCACUCCUCUCAAUAAGUUAAUUUAAUCUUUGAAAUACUUGGUGCAUUUUUUGUUCCCUUGACACUGCAUGGUCUGUAGAUAAUUUGUAAGGCGCGGAAUUGAGCCUUUUUCUAUUCUAUUUGCAGUGUCAUAAUUGCGAAAUGAUGACAUUUAUUUUCCAGAGUGCAUUCCAUGUGUUAUGUUUCUCAUAUUUAUUUUGCUUAGAGGAGAAAAUAGGCCCAAAUAAUUUUCAUAAGCUUCUUUCUUCAAAAAAAAAAUAUUUUAUUAUAACUUAAGGCAGUACAUAUGCCUCAGCAUGUAAGCUGGCUUGAUGUUUCUUACCGGUGGUGAAGUUUAAACAGAGAAAAUGCUGUUCUGAAGUUUUAAAGUGUACCCAUUGGUGGUGAAUGUAGGAUCUUAGCUGGAGUGCUAGGAACUCUGUUCAGACUCAAUGUUACUGUCCCCUGAGGAGGCUCUGGCACACCCCCUGAACCAGGUCUGCAUCAUGUACCACGAGCACUACCAACCACUUAUAUAAUUUUCUAGAUGUCAAAGAAAGAAACAGAUAUUUUUAUGAUCUCUACUCCCAUCCAGUUCAGAUUCAGACUGACUGGGAAUUCACCAGGUGUAGCACUAAGGGGUGUUUCUGUUGAAUGAAUGAUGUUCCAACUGAGAACUUGAACGUUGGUUUAGUCACAGUUGUAUAUAUACACUCCAGGUGUGAGUGGUAGGGACUCCUGGUGUUGUUCUUCACUGAGAUCUGGGACACCUUCUAAUGGUCAUGUGAACUCAGUAAGUGUAUUAUCAUUGCUUGUAAUCAAGCUACUCUUCCAUUAUGUCUGCUUACGAAAAAGACAUCUUGCUUUAGCAAGAGCACACAUGUUAGCAGUGACAUCUGGAGAAGAAACCUUCAUAAGUCCCUGAUCUUACAAAAGGCACAUUUUCCUAUUUCUCCUGCAAGAAUUACAUCCUGAAAUAAGUUUCAGAAGAACUUGAAACCAGUAAAGUGUAAAAUUCACAGGUCCUUAUAACUGGCUGCAAAAAUAAAAAUAGUUGAAGUUCAAGAGAAGUUUGGAAAAAUUAGGAAACUGUCCUCUGGAAGUUGUUAGACAUGGGUCUUGACUGCAUGCAGCUUGCAAGCAUUGGGUAAAUGACCAGGUAUUGUCAGGAAAGAACAAAAGAGAACAACAUGCAUAUCAUACAGAGCUCAAAGGAGUGGCCAAAAGAAAAGGUGGAGAAAACCAAUUGUACAGAGCCUGACUCUGAAAAGGAGGUAGAAGUGUUGGCCAAAAUUUCACUCCUUACAAUCGGGAAACAGACAAUUGUAGAUUAGUCCUAAGGAACUGGCUACAGUGUAAUAGAAAUUGAAAAUGCUAUUAAGGGAAUUCUGUCAUUAGGAAGGUGGUAAUGCUGUCCUGCUGUAGGCAGGCGAGUGGUCUUGGUGGCUGCCGUGCUUCAGCAGUGCCGAAGGAGCCAGCCGCUCGGUCAGGUGGCAGUGAAGUGCUCCCAGAUUGGGAGUGUUGGAUUCCAGAGAAGCUCUCAUACAAAAUUAAUGUCUGACUUCUGAUCUUGACUUAAAAACAGUAAUAACGGUGGGAGACUAAAAUAAUAUAUUGACAUUUGUUCUGGGUAGAGUUCCUAGCACUUGCUUCCAGACCAAGAGAAGAAAGAUUUGUACCUUGUAGAGUCACAUAAGGUAUCCAGGGAGCAGGGUGAGUCUUCAGUCACACCUGCUAAGAAGAAAAUCAUACCCUGGGAGCGACCUCCAAGUGUCACUUGGUGUAUUAAACACACGUUUUGAGGGAGGAAGGUGCUUAGCAGAAGGAAAAUGUUUAAAUGAACACAGGGAUGGAAAAUUGGCAUCUUGGCACCCAGGACAGGAGAGGUGAGCUGGAAGGAGGAUGCCAGAAAACCGAUGGCGUGUCACAAGCCUGAUCUCUGAUGGAGAGCUGCAACACGCUGCACUUGGAGGCAUGCUGCAGGGGCUCAGGGUGUUACGUGCAUGUCCUGUAAGUACUGAGACUUGGGUCAAAGCCCAUGGACAGCUUGCAGCUCUCAGCCUCCUCUCCUGCCCACCCCUCGCAGUGCCCCAGCAGGCAGCAGUGGCCCUCUGUCCCUGCAGGCCCCACCGGGGCACCUUCAUUGCACCAUGAUGAAGGCACAUUUGAGACAACUCCUCCCACCAGGUGCAGAGCUCCACAUCUCCUGCUCCUGCUUCAGACCUCCCGUGCCUAUAAACGCUCCUCGGUUUUCUCUCCGAUGUCACCUGCCCCUCCAGGUCUGGUCUUUUCCUCUCUACAAGCUGGCCCAGCGGUGCGAGAGGGAGUGCUUCCGAUGGCUGCCGUGGUGCCUCACUCGAUGUCCACCCUGCUGGUGUUGGGGGUGGGCGGCUCACCCCGCAAAGACCCGGGCCCCGCGCACCGUGUUCAAUUCUUUCAAAUGAACUGCUGGCCAGGCAGCCCACAGGAACGUUUUGUUUUCCUUCUCUAGUAAUUCCAAUGUAUGUAAAAUGGAAAUAUUUUUUUACUUUGUAAGUUAAUUUUAAACUUCAUUUUCUGUGAUAAUAUCAAAAAGGGUGCUGUCUUUUAGGGAAUAUCACAAGAUUGAAAGGGUUCAGCCCCCUUCUGGAAUGCUGUACAUAGACUGUCACUGCUGUCUUAGGGUUAUAUCUGUAUAUUUUGGGGCUUUUAGCUAGCUGAAACUGAGCAUUUAUUAGUUGCCAGAUGCAAUUCCUGUAUUUUAAUUUACUUGAAUUGAGCAGAAAGUAGAACACUUUUUAUAUUUGAAGAAAUUUAUUUUUUCAUCUUUAUUUCCUACAGAUGCCUUUUUCUUUUCUUGGGGCUCAAGUCUAAAGGUCUUUUAAAAUGUAGUUGAACAUUUGAACUUUGAAUUUAUCUGCAGGUAAUUACUUUGGUAACUACCCUUGAUGCAUAAUUUUUUGUUUUGCUAAAAGCCCAAUUUAAUUUUCUCACACGAGAAAACGGGUAUUUUGUUACAUGGGCUCUCUUGAUACCUUUUUUAAAGAUUUCAUGUUCUUCACAGAAUUAAUCCCAGCUUGACAUCCCUUCACAUGGGGUUGCUCCAACUCCGCAUUUUUACAAUUGAAAGCAGGAUGCAGCUGGAAACGUGUGUCUGCGUGGUUUCCAGGUUUGGCCCCUGAAAUUUGUUUGCAGUUUUAGACUGAUGCUCUCUGGGGUUUUGGGAAGGGGAGCCAGGGAGGGCAAGGGGGUGUUCAUCUGUUUGGGGAUUUGCUGUGUCAUAGCAUCAUGUAGAAUGGCUUGGGUUGGAAGGGACCUCACAGAUCCACUAGUUCCAGCCCACUCCCACUAGAUCAGGUUGCCCAAAGCCCCAUCCCACCUGGCCUUGAGCUCUUCCAGGGCUGGGGCAUCCAUGACAUCGAUUUCAUCUUUGUUUUGAGCAGUCUGUGCUGCGGUAAACAUUGCAAGAAACUUGACAGGGAGGGUUGUUAUUUCCAGCAGCACAAGGUAUUUCUCUGAUUUGGGAACAGUGUAUUUGGAACUUUGAGCUGAAUUAACUUUGACAAAAUGUUUGAAACCUUUCUUAAAAGCUCUCCAAGCUUUGUUCUUGUUCAGGGUCGGACACUUCUACUUGAUGGCAAGUCUCUAUAUUGCCUGCUAAGAAAGUGUUGGGCUCUUUUUCUAAUAGCUAUGUACAGAACGACUCGGCUUGCUCGAAGAAGGCAAUAAACUUAGGGUCAGACUUUUCCGAGGCUGCAGCUUAGCUCCUGUUGUCCACACGGGGGAGCGCAGAAACCUUCCCAGAGCAGUGAGAAAGCAAGGGCUGAACUCAGCAGCUCAAGGAAGGGCCCGGUGCUGUGUAGCUGCACGGCACCAGAGUUCACGUUGUGCUCUUGAGCCUGGUAGUUUUUCCUAAAAUCCCUUUAUUUUUUACAUGGUGGUAUAAGCAGAAAUACUGCCUUUCUUCGGUAAUUAUUUUCAGGUAAUUUUGCUUAGAUUGUUCAUGUAUCUAGACACACCGUAGAAGAACGUGCAGAAGCAGAACACGCAGCCCCUGGGCAUAACUUACGUGCCCCGCAAUGGCAGGUGUCUCCAGGAGAGCAGCGGGUCUGCAGAGGUUGGUAAAAACUAAAGCAGCACAAUCAGCAGUUGUACAAUCAAGCAGCAGUGCAGCCUACUUAGUUAUGUUCUGAGAUCUGAUAUUUUUGUCUUAAACUGGAUUUGUUUUAAUGCUAGAAGAGCACUGUGAUGAGGAAAUGGGAUUGAGUGCAUCGUCACUCCUCCCUUUGGUUUCUGAUUGUGGAUUACGAGAGGUGUUAGAUAUGCACAGCUUUGUUAAAUAUGCAUAUUUUUUAAAUUAAUGGAUAAUCACACAAUAUAUUUUAGCACUUAUUUUUCACAAUGGUGAAAUACUAUUUUUCAUGUCAGUGUACACUUUUUUUUAUUAUUAUUUUUCUGUGAUGUUUACAUAAAAGUCUUACACACACACACCCCCAGCUACAUUAGCAUUUUAUACACUUGUUUCUCCAGAUACGCUAGCCUAAAGCCAGCCACUAAGUUCUUUUCUUAAUUUACCAGUUCGGUAGAAGUGCUGCUCUAACUUAGCAUGUUAAAACAUGAGAAGUAUCUCAGGAAACAAAACGAUGUUGUUUUUUUUUUUUUGCAUUUGCUUUUUUUUUUUUUUUUUUUUUGGUUUGUGUUUGUUAGAUUUGAGCUUUACUGAAUCAUGUAAAGUUUCUCUGAAAUCUGUUAUGACCACUACAACUAGAUGAUGCUGGAUGGGUUUCUAAAUCCAUUCAUAGGGGUUGGUGUAGACCAUGGAGAACAAGUUUAACUGUGACCUUGCCUUGGUUGUUGUUGAAGUUGGCAAAGCCAACUCAAACCUCACCAUACUUUAGGAAAAUGCAGUUUUCAAAUAUUAAUUGCUAACGAACAUUACAGAUUCUAGACCAAAAUAAGUUGUAGCUAAAAAGAAUGUAGUCUACAUGUAUUUUAUUAGCAGUUUUAUCUCCAAGUCUGCUGUUCUUAAAUGCUUUUAAUUAUUUACUGAUGUUUCAAUGUAAAUACAUUCUGUCUCCGGUUGAUACAUUUGAAGGAAGUUCAAUGACAUACCUUAUUUUAUUGUUUUCUUUCAUUUCUGAAUGAUAUGCAGUUGUCACUGAAUUCAUCACAGUACAUGCAUACUGGUUGCUUCUUUCCUUCAUUUUAUUUUUGGUUUGCAACAUUUAAGGUUCAAUUCAAUGGAUAUGUAUUGAGUGGAUAGAAAGUGUGCUCUUUGCACUGCUCAUGUGGCCAUUUACAUCUGUGACACAGGCUUCCAGAUGACAAUGGCGACAUUUCCUACGCUUUCUAUGCUUUCUGUACAUGAAUAGUGGUUCUGUCAGAAGUCACAACCUUUCCUUUUUUACAUUUCAAAUCACAAGGAAGGAUAAAAGAGGAUGCAGAGGAAGGCAACCAUUGCAGUGAGCCCGGUGGGGCACAGGGCUGCUGAGCACACCAUGAGCAGGCUCAUGCUUUAUGACAGGUUGGUGAAACUUAAGGUUGCACAGGCUGGAGGGAAAAAAAA